UCUUAAGGAACACAGGCUCAAGGAUUCACUGGAAGUGCUAAAAGGGUUGGCACUCGAAGGGCCAGAUUUCAGUCCAAAACCGCCAACACACGAGGCAGGCACAAACACAUCUACCCUCGUCUGUUGCGGCUUAGCGCACUUCCAACCUAACGCAGGACCAAGUGAUUCAGCAGCACCAAGCCCUUUCACUGACGUAGAAACAGCUGUAAUUCCCCAGGUUCCCAUCCCAAGAUCUUUUGCGGAGGCAGCAAAGCUGAUUCAGAAGCCCAGCCAGUCUAGAAAACCCAGAACCCAUACUCUGCUGAUCUAUCCGGCCCAAGACGCCAAAGGAACAGGCAAAGAUCUAAAAGCCACCUUGAAUGAAAAAUUCCCCCUUGCUACCUUAGGAGUUAGAGUUAAUGCAAUAAGGAAAAUCCAAAAAGGAGGACUGGCAGUAGAUUGCCCCACAAAAGAAGACCUCUCUAAACUAGCCAAUACAUUGGGCAGUGAAGAAGGUCAAAAACUUGUACAGACGAAACUCCCGGAAAAAAGGCAUCCUAGGGUUGCAAUUCACGCUGUACCGCCAGAAGUACAGAGGGAGGAGGUCGAAAGGACUCUAGCUUCAGAAUUUGCUCUUACAAAGUCCACAGCAAAGGUUCUGUACAGACUAAAAGAAGGACGAAAUGGAACAAAGUGGAUUAUCCAAUGCGAACCUGCGGCAUACGACAAGCUUACGCAACUCAAAAAGAUCAGCUUCGGAUGGAGAGUCUACAGAAUCUCAGAAUAUUUUAAUACGCGACGGUGCUAUAGAUGUCAGGCAUUCGGACACCUACAAAGUGAAUGUAAAUUCCAGCAACAUUGCGCCUUCUGCUCAGGAAGUCACAGCGUUAAGGAAUGCAGAGCCAGCAGACCAACCUGCAUCAACUGUGCCGAUUUUAAUUUCAGAACACGUGGUAAAAUCAAUACCGCGCAUGCAGCAUACACAGCCUCAUGCCCGACAUACGCACGAUAUAUUGAACGGCAACAACGCAGCACACAGCGUACUAACAGCCAACUAAUAGCAACAAGUAAUAAUCAACCGAUACCCACAGAAUCAAAUAACCCUACGACAGCACAGAUAAUCCGCUGCACACAAAUAAACCUGCAAAGAGCAGAAGUUGCUACAGCACAGGCGAUACAACAUGCAACGGAGCAUUCUGUAGACUUCCUGAUGAUCCAGGAGCCGUACUGCCAGGAAGGACGCAUUGCAGGUUUCCCUAUAGCAUGGCAGGUCUUCCAGUCAAAAGCAAGGAACCAAGAUCAAGCACCAAGAGCGGGUCUAAUAUGUUGUAACCCAGCCUGGAAUCCGCUGCUAAUUAAACAGGACAGAGACUUUGUUGCCGUUUUAAUUGUGCUCAAAAAUGCACAACUGAUUCUUAUAUCUGCGUACUCCUCCCCAACAGAUUCCAUCGACAAUUUCGUAGCAAACGCAACGUACGUCCGAUCUAAAUGCCAUUCAACGCCACAAGUCUAUGGGGGUGAUCUUAAUGCGCAUCAUGUAAACUGGGGAUACCAAGAUAUCAUCAUCACUCCCAAGGGACAAGCGCUAGAGGACUACUUAACAGCAAACGACCUACAUUUGGUCAAUACCAGCGGCGCACCCCCUACCUUUGAUAAUACGUACUGCAAAGGUUGGCCAGAUGUCACCCUGGCAACAGGAACGGCUCUAUCGCAAGUACAGGACUGGAAAGUUAGCGACGACGAACUAAGCUGCUCGGAUCACCGUUACAUAACCUUCACAAUCAACUGUGACACCAACAUCUCUGUAUUUUAA